GGGGAUCACAAAACGCUUUUGAUUCUCUCCAACAUACACUGCAAGAUACCCUUUUGGGAGUUCCACAGAUUUUGAAGCUGCUUGGCUAGCUGAGAAUGAUGAUGCCCUUCGAAUAACAGGAUUGCGGGGUAUACACACGAGAGAUCACAUGGUGCUGCUGUCUUAGAAGUGGUUAAGAGUGAAUGCCCCCACCUUCUCAAAGAAUAGCCAAGACUGAAGCCAUUGCAAUCAAAUGAGAUAAGAUCAAACUGAAGCCUUAUAUUUGUUUGUAUUAAUUGGUAUUCCAUGCUUUUGUAAACAUGCUUUAGACAUGUCACAUUUUGUUCUUGAUGGCUAUAAAUCAUAUGUCCAUAUCGCUUUAUGGACAUGUUUUAAGACAUCUCAUAUGAAUCCUUUCACGUACUGAUGUACCCUGUGAUCUGUUUUCUAUUGCAAUAAAUGUAUUCAUAUCCACUCUGCAUCAGUAUGAAGAGCCAACUUAUGUGAUAUGUCUUAAGCAUGUCUGCGACAUAAGUAGUAGUCCAUUAAAUCAGCUUUGUAUUUAACCAUUUAUUAGCUUCUCAGUUGUCUCUUUCAAAAGGUGGCAACAUUGUUUGGCAAGAACUCUCAAAUCUAAAGUAAUCUUUCACAAACACAAUGAAGACACUACCAUGUGAUCUUCGUUUCGCCCUUGUCUCAAAGUAGGCCUUAUCGAAUGGCUAAUUAUUCAAAAACUUAUAGAUGGUAUAUCUAUAUAUAGACGGUUACCCUUGCACUCUAAGGCAACACAAAUCAAUAGCAACAACAAUUCUUCUUUACACCCUUUGUGAUCAUUUGCAUUUUUAUUAGUUUGAAGCAAAACAGAUCAAUGGGAUUUCGAUUACCUGCUAUUAGAAAGGCAUCAUCUGCUGUAACCCAAGCAGCAUCAGUCCCAAAAGGCUAUCUUGCAGUCUAUGUUGGAGAGAAAAUGAAGCGGUUUGUGAUUCCUAUUUCCUAUUUGAGUCAACCUUCAUUUCAAGAUUUACUAAGCCAAGCAGAAGAAGAGUUCGGAUAUGGUCAUCCAAUGGGUGGUCUCACUAUUCCUUGCAAGGAGGUAAUAUUUCAUCAACACAUACAUACAACAAUGGGUUUUCUUUUGGCUGGUAUCAGAAGAAAGACAUCAUUUACUGCAAACCAAGCAACUUCCAAAGUUGUGGAAGUCCCGAAAGGCUAUCUUGCCAUGUAUGUUGGCGAGAAGAUGAAGCGGUUUGUGGUUCCCAUUUCUUAUUUGAAUCAACCUUUAUUUCAAGAAUUACUAAGCCAAGCAGAAGAAGAAUUUGGAUAUGAUCAUCCAAUGGGUGGUCUGACUGUUCCAUGCAGUGAGGAUGCUUUCUUGGACCUCACGUCUCGCUUAAACUGACUUAGCACAAGUCCUGCCGAAGGAGACUGGCAUAGAUUAGUUGAGAGUGAAACUUAUCCUUUUUUGUAACAAGAAUUGAGAGACAAUUUUGUGUAGCUGGAACUAUAGUAUAAGUUUUCUUUGUAGCAUAACAUCAUCUCAUUGAGAUGGCAAGGAUGUAAAUAUCAGAAUUUUUCCUCCCA